GCUGACCGGCGGUGGGGCCGCCCACGGCUGGCGGGCCCCCUAUAUGAGCGGGCGCGACGCGGCCGGCAGCCACCGCCCUGGUCGGCACCCUCCGGCACACCAUGCUGCGGCUGAUCUUGUUGGCGGCGUCCGCGGCGCUAUGCGCCGGCCACUACGGCACCUACCUGCAGUCGCGCCACUUUGCCGGCAUUGACCUGUCUCCGUACUGGCAGCCGCGCUACUGCGCGCCCAUCCGACUGCGCUACCCGGACAUCAGCGACCUCACCUGCUACUACAUCGUGCAGUACUAUGUGCGCCGGCCGCCGCGGCUCUACCUGCCGCACCUGGGCCUGCCGCACAUCUCGCCAAAGUCUCUGGUGCCGCAGCGGUACUGGGUUCAGUACCUCAGCAAACUGGUGGACCUGAUGCCGCCCGUCUUCUACUAUCCGAAGCCGUUCUACAGCAAUCUCUACAGCCACGUCUCCAAGUACUACCCCACCAUCACCGACAGCAGCUUGUACUUUGAUCACCUGGCGCUGACUGACACCUACAUGUGCAGUCAUCUGGUGGCUCCCGCCAGCUGGAGCCUGUUCAGACCCUUCUACAGCCGGCAUGUGCUCAGUCUCAACUUCAAGCGGCAUUUCGCCCGCUACCAGUACGUAUUCCCGAGGCUGCCCACGAUCGUCUCUAAGCUGAAAACCUACCAAUUCAUCCCCUCUAAGCCGUACUUCAAGAGGGCCUCGCUGAAGUCGCUACUCAUCGGGAAGACCAGGCUGUCGUACCCACACCCAGAUCUCUUCCCUGAAAAGAACCUGUGGUUCCCGCGAAGGACUCUCCGUGGACUCUACAAGUACCUGAGCAAGAGGAAGUACCCGUGGUCCAGCUGGUUCAGCAGGAUCAAGACCAUCACCACGCCCAAGCACAUCAAGUGGGGCUCGGGAUACGACGGCCUGGUGUGCCAGGCUAAGUACUCGCACCUGUCGUUCCUGUGCCCCGCAUGGAGCCACGGACUACUGCCCGUGCUGCGUCUGCGCUUCGCCAGCUACCCCAAGGAUAUCAUCUACUCGCGCAAGGCCACCUUCCAGUCUUUCCUCAGCGGCUUCCUGUAUCAGUGGCGCCCGAGGAUCCGCGUCUACAGCCAGAGGCUGGUCACCAAGGCGCUGCUGGCGUUCGACAGCUACGCCUGCAGCUGGCUGGGCAUCCACUUCAGCAGCCGCUACAAGUUCUGCAAGCCCAGCAGCCUCUGGUACCCCACCCUCUACAGCGGCUGCAAGAGCUACGGGUGCUAGGGACCAGGCGGUGUCAUAACUUACUAAUUCGGCACAAUUCCAAUAUUUAGUCUUUCUGGUUUUAUCGGUAAUGUGAUUUUCAUUUGGCUGGAAUCUAAUACAACUCUAAAGGAU